AUGCCUUCCUUUACCUUCUGGAAGAACACCAAGACGGAUACGCAGACGGCCAAAGCACUGCAGCUCACAUCUGUGCCGGACACGAUAGCCUAUGCAUCAAAUAAUGUACUUGGAGAGAAGAAGAGUCUUGAUCUGAACCCCAAGAAUACCGGCUCUGGGUUAUUUCGCUUCGACGAGAACGAGGGUUCGUGUAUUGUUGAAAGACAGAUGCCUUCGUCACCACUACGAUCGAUGUCGCCCAGCCUAUGUAUAGCGACAGCAACCGAACGGCGCACACAUACUUUCGAUCCAAGAAGAGGAUCCACGGAAGAAGAAUACAGAGCACAACAAUCCAGGCCGGUUACCCCACCAUUGAGACGCAAAUCUAACAGUGCAAGUACGGCAAGAUGCCUAGGAUCAGACACGAAGACGAAGACUAUCGCCACAACAAGCGACAGAGACUCUGCUGUAUGCGUCUCCGAUGCCGAAGACUCCCCAGUUAAGUCUAGGCCUACGUCACCAGCUAUGAACGAAAACACCACGCCAGUAUGGAAGCCGUCCACCCAUCUGAGACAUACCUCCUCUCUAAGCCAUACCUCCUCUCUGAGCCACACCUCCUCUUUGAGCCAUACCUCCUCGACGAAGAGCCUAUCUCUACAACCCCACAUCGACGCGACCACACGACGUCUACGCCGACCAGCCGAACCAAACCUACGAACAAAUCCAAUAGCCUCCACCUCAAAGCCACGCUCCGAGCUAGAGCAACGCUUCGACAUGAUCCGCAAUUCAAAACCCCAAUCCCGAGCCGCCCUCCGCUCGCCGACCCAACUCCUCGAAGACCGCGUAAACGUCCGUUUCGUCAAGGAACUCCCUGAAGAAAAACCUCGCAGCUUUACACCCCCAUGUCCCCCACCAAACGGCUGCUGGCUCCCUAACCCCAGUGCCUCAGUAAACGCCUUCACCAGCUCCUCUGUUCGCGGCUGCACACAGUCCACCGGCCGCCCAGCAUGGUGGUGCAAAGUCGACAAACUCGUCGUCUUCGACGGCCUUCAUACGCAUGACAACGGGGAGAUAACGUUGCACACCCGAACGAGCAAAGGGCUUAGCGUUGCGAGACGCCGUGGCGAUGGCGAAACGAUCGUUAUUAAGCUAGAUUGUGCACAUUGUCGGGAGAUGCUGCAUAGACAGGAGUGGAAGUAUGAUAUGCGGGUUUGCAAGAGGAGUGUGUGCUGGGAUUGCAAGGAGAGGUGUAAGUGGGAGGCUGCGGAGGAGAAGAGGGUGGGUGGGGAAAAGAUGGUGGGGAAGAGUGAGGGAAGUAGGUUGAGGGCGGAUAGUUUGAUGGAUAAUUAG